AGAUUAUAAAUUCAAAGGAGCUUGAGCUUAUACUAUUUUGUUCACACACCCUAUAAACUCUUGAGAGUAUUAUGUGUAAAUCAGAUUGUUAAAAUUCGAUAACCCUAGUAAAAUUAGUAUUUUCUUAAUUACAAAGUUAUUGCUAGCUUUCAAAAUGUGUGGAGGUUUCACUUGUUCGAAGAAUGCUUUGAUCGCGUUGAACAUUCUUUACGUGGUUGUAGCAAGCAUCUUGAUUUCAGUCACAGUCUAUGGGCAAGCGUCAUCCCUGGUUACCAACUUGCCCAUUGUAGGUGGUAUACUAGCAUGUGGAGUAUUUCUCAUCUUAAUCUCCAUAUUGGGGCUUGCAGGAGCAGUCAAGCAUCACCAAGUUAUGCUGUUCUUUUACAUGGUAAUACUAUUCCUUUUGUUUUUGGUACAGUUUUCGAUUGCUUGUGCUUGUUUGGCAGUUAACUCCGAGCAGCAAGAGAUGUUGGCUCAACAGGGAUGGAAUAAAGUUGAUAUGGAUGUGAAGCAGCAAGUACAAGAACGCUUCCAGUGCUGCGGCUUCCAGGACUCUACAUUCACGAACACUACGGCUGAUCAUCCAUCAUGUGCUGUGGUCAAUGCAAUAUGUUGCAAGGGCAUUAAUACAACAAACUGCCAGUGUGAGCCUUGCAUGGAGAAAUUGAAGGAAACAAUUGAUUACGCAUUUAAACUUUGUGGUGGUAUUGGACUUUUCUUCAGCUUCACAGAGUUGUUCGCGGUGUGGCUAGCUCGUCGCUACCGCAACCAGCCCGACCCGAACUACAAGGAGCCUCACGCGAUUUUCCCAAGAAAAAAUUAUCUUUAUUAAAAAAAAAAAAACAUGUUUAAACUCAUAAAUUUUGUGUUCACAAAUUUGCCUAAUUCGAUGUCAGAUGAACAUCACACCACAGAUACAACAAUGAAGCCCUGUUAUUUUCUUAUACGUUAGCUUAGUCGUUAGUAGGAAAUUGCAUUUGCUUUAAAAACACGUUAUAUAUACUACUUAAAAGAACUCAAUUCAUUUUCGAAUAUAUAAUGUAGCGUGUAUUUCUAGAUUAAUCUAACUUGAAUUCUACGUUACAGAAUUUUAAGUUCUUAGGAUAUUCGCUAUCCGGAUUGAGAGUUUCGGUUGGUAAUUUGUGACCUAGACUUAACGAAGCAAUGUAUCAUAUUUUUGGUUCGGUAGACUGAUAUCUAGUAUGAAUAGUUUAUGUAAACGAAUGUGUUUAAAUACAAGGUGUAAAGGACCUGUUCUUGAAGCCGAAAGGGUAAUAAUUUAGUACGUUAAGCGGAAAAUACAAAUUUGCUUACUAAUAUAAAUGUAGAUGUAGCGGUUAAUUGCACGAAACAGGCAUGUGGGCGGGUACAACGCUAUGAGUAUUAUCUAUCGGCUGACGUUGGCUUUACACCGGCUCCAGACGUUGGUCCUCACGUUGCCACCAACGUUGAGCGUUUAAAUUGGUGAAGUGUCCACACGUUGGCUGUUAUACUAUAAGUUCCUUUCCGUCAGAGCCAACGUGAAGAUGUGCGAAACCGAAAUUGAAAUUGCUCUAAGCGCUUUUACAGUACUGAGUGCGUAUGAUUUAAAUUUGUU